UGUUCCCGGUCCAUCGCAUCUCUUGUUUACAUUGGAUGCACAACACAGCGAUCAACGAGAAGUGUAAUAUAACUACUGUAUAUAUUUAACACGCGAAAUAUUAAUGAUGAGUGACUCAAAAUACGGCUCCAUGACAAUUGUAGAUCUUAAAAAUGAACUAAGAAAAAGAAAUGCCAGGAUAACGGGUCGAAAACAAGAACUGGUCGACAGACUGGAAGCAUAUAACAGAAACUUCAACUUCGGAAAAGUUGAUCAAAUUGAUCCAGAAUUUUGUAUGCAACUUCCAAGUUACGAUACAUACGCUGACGUAAAUUCUGACACUCCUUUUUUCUGGUAUGACUAUGGAUACAAUUUGUAAUUAUUUUGCGAGGUUUGAGAAGAAAUUUGAAAGCCAUUUCAUUCACCUUUAUGACGACAAUUUCCUGACAUACUACCGUAUAUCCAUCAGUUCGGCCUGUACAUUUACAAAAGGAAACUGUCGUGCAGAAAUGAGAAAGGGUGUUUGUUACACAAUAGAUAUUAAAUUGAGCAACGAGGGGUCUGUUCUGGAGGCCCAGUGCGAAUGUGCAGCAGGCAUGGGGCGUGAUGCACAUUGCAAACAUGUAGCUGCUGUUAUGUAUGGUACUGUCAUGUUUGCAAAAAAUAAAUUUAUCAAGACCGAGGAAACAUGCACACAACGUUUGCAAACUUUCCACAAGUGUAAAAGUUUCAAAGGCAGUCCCAUUAAAUCUGAUGAACUGAAUUUACCUGGUGCUGAUGAAUUAACAAAUAUUGCUAUUGACCCAAAACCUGAAGAAUUCAGAAAUAAUCCAUCUUAUCCUCACUACUUUAGAAAUGUAUGUUUGAAUUUCCCAGGUAUUUCCAAGAUGCCAAUCUACCAGACAUUUACACCAGCAAACAUGAUUGCAGUAGCACAUGAGCAUGAUUAUCUUAAAUUAUCUCCUGAGGACAAUUUUUUGGAAAAAUUACAAAUAACAAAAAACUCAGAUUCCCAAAUUGAAAAUAUUAAGUCAGCAACAAAAAGGCAAAGUCUAAACAAAACAUGGAAGGUGGAAAGAGCAAAAUGUUUAACAUCUUCGGUAUUUGGUAGAAUAUGUAAGUGCACUGAUAGAACUGAGAAAAUGAAACUUUCCAUGUCACUUACAGUUAUUAAAAACAAUAAAAGCAAUUCAAUUGAGCAUGGUCGCAGGCAUGAAUCUGUUGCAAUCAAGAGAUUUGAACAAGAUAAACUAACCAAUGUUCAAUCAAGUGGUCUUGUCAUUUGUAAGGAGUACCCCUUUCUUGCUGUAUCACCUGAUGGAGUCAUCAAUCAAGAGAAACUCAUAAAAGUCAAAUGUCCAUAUGUCAGUAGAAAUAAAUGGAUUUCAACUUCUACAGUGCCAUAUUUAAAGCAGACCAAUGAAGGGAAAUAUUGUCUUGAUCAGAACCAUGACUACUAUUAUCAGAUACAAGGACAACUAUUGUGUACCGGUGCAAACGCAUGUAUUUUUACUGUAUGUUUAGCAAACAAUUUAAAAGUAAAUGACAUCAUAUACAUUGAAAUCAAACGUGAUGAUGCAUUCAUAGCAGACAUGAUUAACAAGCUAAACAACUUUUACAUGGAAUACUUCAAACAAGCUAUUCUUGAGAAAUAUUUCUACAAGCCUUACAGUGAAUCAUUGUGAAUGUGCGCAAUAAAAUAUAAAUAGAGAAAUUUUCUUAUCCGACUACAGCACAUGUA